GGUCGCUCCCCGCUGCCGCGGCCGCCGCUCCAGGUGCGGCGCUGUGCCGGGCGGGCGCGGGGCGGGCGCGGCGCUGACGCCAUAGCGGCGGUGCUGGCGGAGCUGCCCGAGCUGCCCGAUGGCCGCGGCCGAGCCGGCGGCGCGGAAGCGGCGGCCCAAGGGGCACUUCGCGGCGGGGGCCGGCCGGGCCAAGCGGCCCCGCGGCGCCGGGCGGCAGCUGGAGGCCGGCAUGCGCGGCAUCCUCAUCACCUGCAACAUGAACGAGCGCAAGUGCGUGGGGGAGGCCUACAGCCUGCUGGGCGAGUACGGGGACCUGCUCUACGGGCCCGAGCAGUUUUCAGAUCACGAGGAGAGGCUGUCUGGAAGCGACAGGGAGGAGGAUGAGGAUGAUGUGGAGGCGGCUCUGAAGAAGGAGGUUGGCCAGAUCCGUGCCUCGACGGAGCAGAAGCUGCGGCGGUUCCAGUCGGUGGAGAGUGGUGCCAACAACGUGGUCUUCAUCAGAACCCAGGGCAUAGAACCCGAGAACCUGGUGCACCAUAUACUAAAGGAUAUGCACACCACUAAAAAGAAGAAAACGAGAGUCAUUCUGCGCAUGCUGCCCAUUUCUGGAACUUGCAAGGCUUUUAUGGAAGAUAUGAAAAAAUACACAGAAACAUUUUUUGAGCCUUGGUUUAAAGCCCCUAACAAGGGUACUUUUCAAAUAGUUUACAAAGCUCGUAAUAACAGCCAUAUGAGUAGGGAAGAAGUAAUUAAGGAACUGGCAGGAAUUGUGGGUAGCCUCAAUCCAGAAAACAAGGUUGAUCUUAAUAAUCCACAAUACACAGUUGUGGUGGAAAUAAUAAAAACCGUCUGUUGCUUAAGUGUGGUGAGGGACUAUGUUCUGUUCAGAAAAUACAAUCUACAGGAGGUGGUGAAGAGCAACAAAGAAGAUGCACAACAAAACCCACCAAGUGUGACAGAAGAACAGAAUUCAGAGGUAGUUAAAGCAGAAACUGAGGAGGAGGUGAAGAGCUCUAAAGAAGUAAAAGAAGAGAACAAGAAUCAAAGUGAAAUAGAAUCUGAGCCCAAGGGGAAUGAUGCUCUGACAGUGUAGAAAAUGUUAUAUAAGGGAAAGGUGAACAUAAUCCAAACAUAUAAAACAAGUUGCCCUGGAGUUCUGAAAGGGUGUUGGAAUGAGGAAGAGGGGGUUUUGUUUUGAAGUCCUGGUUUUAAAAUCCACAUCUAUAAGAAUUCUAAUGCUUGUUGCAGGUGGAACUGACAUUUUAGCAGAUGUAAGGGUGCUCGAGAGUGCAUCACCUCUCUGGUGAAGCUUGCAGUCCUCCUGCAGCUUUGUUCUGCAUUUCCUGUCCCUGGCACACAAAGCAGGGGUCUGUGCAUGUAUAUGUAGAUGUGGCCACCCUGACAUGUAUGAACUCUCCUUUGUUAUAUCUGGAGGCUACAGAAGCCAAAAGGCAGCACAGAAACAGCUCUGAGCAAUUAUUGUCAGGAGUGAGUGAUCUGGAAAAGAGUUGGUUGCAGAGGGUUUUGGGAAGGAAGUGAGCUGACAGCUGCAGAAACUUAGUAACAUUUUUCUGUGUGAACAACUGAAUGAGGUAAAUCUGAUAGUCUGACAGAGAGUUUAUACAUUUAUUUAUAUAUACACAAGGAUAUGCUGUCUUGACAUGAAUGGAAAGAACUGUUAUGAUAUAUAUAAAUACUUGAAUAUUAUGAGAUGAUUUAGAAUAAAAGAUUGGACUGUUUUAGAACAGUAGAAGCACAGUGCAGGCAUUGCAGAUGGUUUUAUCAAAAGCUACAUGUCUGUUUACAUUAGCUGUGUAUGCAGCACUUACUAGUUUAUAGUAAAUGCUGUAGUCACUGAAUGGAAUCCUUUUGAGUAAUUUCCUGCAAACAGCCUUUUGCUGCUCUUUCCAAAGACUCAAUCCUUGGGGGAUUUUAUAAAAUGUUCCUGGAGUUAUUUUUUUCUCAAGUCUCAAAGUUUGAGUUAAAAUACUGCUUGGAAACUUCUUAUUAAGAAGCUCUCCAUUAUACUAUACUAGAUAAGGGGAAUAAAUUUUAAUUUUUGGUACAGUUUUAGUUUUAUGGUAUUAAUUUUGUUUCAGAAUGAAAGUAAUGCUAGUGAGUGUUUCUGUUGUCUUUGUGUUACAGUGGAUUGUCCCUGUGACUCCUAAAAACCAACCAAAACCAGUGCAGCUAUAACUUGCUUUCCAACAGGGUUUUGAGUAUGCUUCCUGUAGAAUUUUGUAGCUUCAGUAUUUAAUUUCUAGGAUAAAAGCCUGUAUGUUGCUAAUGGGAAAAGACUUAUCUUGAAGAACACAAUUUGUUACUGGUCUUGAUUUAAUGGAAAGGAUGUGUUCAAAUCUCUGUCAUCAUUUAUAUUUUCCUCUUCUUUCAAAAUUGUUUUAGAAGUUGGAAAAUGAAAAUUACUUUUUUUCCCUAGUCCUGUCUCCCUUGCAACCCAUUUAUUAAAAUUCUGCUUUCUUACCUCC